GCAAAAGCCAGUUAUAUUGUUAUAUACUUGACAACAGUUAUGGACUUCAAUGUAGUGCAAGUGACUCAACGGCGAUCCGCCGGUUACCUUCCGACUGUUUGGGACCCUGAACUCAUCAAGUCCUUUAGCCCUCUGUAUACUUAUGAGAGUCAUGGCAGUCGUUUGGAGGAGCUGAAGCAAGCUGCUAGGUGUUUGUUGACAUCCUUAAAUCAAACUGAAGAAAAAUUAGAUCUCAUCAAUACAAUACAACGAUUGGGAGUGGCGAAACAUUUUGCAAAAGAGAUAAACGAGGUUCUUGAUCAUGUUAAUCCGAAUAUUCCCUGUGAUCUCUACACUGUCGCACUGCAAUUUCGGCUUCUGCGUGAGAAUGGUUUCUUCAUUACCUCAGAUGUGUUUAACAAGUUCAUGGACAGUGAUGGGAAGUUCAAAGACAGCUUAAGAGAAGAUGUAGAUGGGCUGUUGAGCUUGUACGAAGCUUCAUACCUUGGGCAGCAUGGAGAAGAUGUUUUAGAUGAGGCCCAAACGUUUAGCACUAAACAUCUAAAAUUAGUAAUGGAGAAGUUGGAGAAUGAUUUAGCGGAGCAAGUAAAAGAAUCGCUUCACGUUCCAAUAUAUUGGAGGCUGCCUAGAAUGGAAGCUCGAAACUUCAUCAGUAUCUACCAAAAGGAUGCUAAAAGGAACUUCCUUUUGCUCGAACUUGCUAAGUUGGACUUCAAUCUCUUGCAGUCGGUUUACCUCAAGGAGCUAAGGGAGCUCGCAGAGUGGUGGAAGGAUUUGAACAUCAAGGAAAAGUUACCAUUCGCACGAGAUCGGAUGGUUGAGUGUUAUUUUUGGGCAACGGGGAGUGUUCCAGAGCCACAAUUCUACAAAUGCAGGAGGAACCUCACAAAAUUUGGAAGUUUGACAACAGUCUUAGAUGAUGUAUAUGACAUUUAUGGUUCGAUGGAUGAGCUUGAUGCAUAUACAAAUGCAGUGAAUAGGUGGGAUCUUGAGGCUAUGGAGGAACUUCCAGAGUAUAUGAAAGUAUGCUACUCAGCCAUGUACAACCAUGUCAACGAAAUGGUCGAGGAUGCCUCAAAUGAUCUUGGCUUAGAUAUUCUACCCUAUAUCAGGGAUCAGUGGGUGUGUUAUUCAAGAUCGUUGCAUGUAGAAGCAGGAUGGCAUAAUGGUGGAUACAUGCCUACUUUGGAUGAAUAUUUUAAAAAUGCAUGGAUCUCAAUCGGCAUUUCUGUGGGCUUGGCCUACGCAUUCCUUGGAGUGCUAGAGGAUUCCAAAUCACAUCGUAAUUUUCCAUUACAAUUCUUCGAGCAUUGGCAUGAAUCUGAGUUAUUUUAUUGGCCUUCCUUAAUCGCCCGACUUUUGGAUGAUUUAACAACUUCCAAGAUGGAGAUGGAAAGAGGAGAGACAACAAAUUCAAUCCAAUGUCACAUGAUUCAAGAAGGGGUGUCUGAAGAAGAAGCACGAGCUCACAUAAAAGGCUUAGUAAGUGAUUCAUGGAAAAAGUUAAACAAGUUUAUUGUACAUCAUUCUCUUCCGGUUGGAUUUGCCAAUGCUGCAAUGGCAAUGACAAGAUGUGUUCAACGAAUGUAUCACUUCGGUGAUUGGUUUGGCAUUCAAAGCAAGGCAAACAUAGAUUGUGUGAAUUCUUCAUUGUUCAACCCCGUUUAG